GGACCCCAUGCGGCCCGGCCCCACGGUGAGAGAAUCUCUGCGGUAACUCGGGCAGGCGGUCGCGGUUUAUAAAGAGCCGGCUCCCCCCAAACGCGGCUUGGCGCCAGAGCUCUUUUUUUAACGGGACUUGCAACAACCACACUCCUAAACACCACACUCCCAAACACGACAGCCUUCCACUGCGCAGCACUUUCGGAAGCAAGCACGUUGAGCACAAACACAAAAGUACAGUCCCGCAAAAACCGCCUUCUUUUCGGCCCGGAGCUUUGUGACCUUUCUCCGCUACCCCACCACACCCAGACACCCAGACACCAUGACCAAGCCUUUCGCCAAAGACAUGUCCCACCACUUGAGUGCCGAGUCCAAGAGCCGCAAGGAGCUCAACCUCAAGAAUGCAUUCAAGUACUUCAACCAGCCCGGCAUGACGUUCCUCGGCGGCGGGUUGCCGCUUUCGGACUACUUCCCCUUUGAGAAGAUCACUGCCGACGUGCCCCUGGCGCCCUUCCCUAAUGGCUGCGGUGCCCGCGUCACCGAGCAAGACAAAACCGUCGUGGAGGUGCACAAACGCAAGGCCGACAACGACCCUGCGGCCAAGGACGUCGAGUUGGCGCGCUCCUUGCAGUACGGCUACACCGAGGGCCACACGGAGCUCGUGGACUUCUUGAAGGAGCACACGGACCGCAUCCACCGCGUGCCCUACGAGGACUGGGACGUGGUGACCAACGUGGGCAACACGCAGGCGUGGGACGCGUGCUUGCGCAACUUCACCACCAAGGGCGACGUGAUCUUGGUGGAGGACCACACCUUCUCCUCGGCCAUUGAGGCCGCCUACGCGCAAGGCGUGACCACCUUCCCCAUCACCAUGGACACCGAGGGCAUUGUGCCCGAGGCUUUGGAGCAGCUCAUGGACAACUGGGUGGGCGCCAAGCCCCGCAUGCUCUACACGAUCUGCACGGGCCAGAACCCCACGGGCUCGUGCCUCAGCGCCGAGCGCCGGCGCGCCGUGUACGCGGUGGCCCAGAAGCACGACCUUCUCAUUGUCGAGGACGAGCCCUACUACUUCUUGCAGAUGGAGCCAUACACCAAGGACGUGGAGGCGCGCGCCUCCAGGCACGUGCACGGCCACGACGACUUCGUGCGCGCCAUGGUGCCUUCCUUCCUCUCCAUGGACGUCGAUGGGCGCGUGCUCCGCUUGGACUCGGUGCUGAAGACCAUUGCGCCCGGUGCGCGCUUGGGCUGGGUCGUGGGCCAGAAGAAGCUCUUGGAGCGGUUCGUGCGCUUGCACGAGCUGACCAUCCAGAACACCUCCGGCUUCACCCAGUCGCUCUUGAACGGCUUGUUCCAGCGCUGGGGACAGGGCGGCUACUUGGACUGGUUGAUUGGCAUCCGUGGCGAGUACACGCACAAGCGUGAUGUCGCCAUCGACGCCUUGUACAAGUACUUCCCACAGGAAGUGGUGACUAUCUUACCACCUGUUGCGGGCAUGUUCUUUGUCGUGCACCUCGACGCCAGCAAGCACCCCAGGUUUGCAGAGUUGGGCAGCGACCCGGUGGCCGUGGAGACCAGCAUCUAUGAGGCUGCCUUGGAGCAUGGGUGCUUGAUGAUUCCAGGCUCGUGGUUCAAGGCCGAGGGUCAAACCACGCCACCACAGCCAUCUGUGUCCACGGACGAGCUGCUCAAGAACAGCAUUUUCUUCCGUGGCACGUACGCGGCCGUGCCUUUGGACCAAUUGGUGAUUGGCUUGGAGAAGUUUGGCAAGGCCGUCAAGGCAGAGUACAACUUGUGAGCGUCCAACCUAGAUGCGGCGCGGCACGGUUUUUUGGGCCGGCGGACGUGCUGAG